AUGCUAGAGUUUUACCUUAUUAUCCAUUUUCUGUUUUCAGUGAUACAAUUUUUCAUCGGGGUUUUAGCAAAUGGCAUCAUUGUGCUUGUGAAUGGCGCCGAGUUGAUCAAGCAGAGAAAGAUGAUUCCAUUGGGUCUCCUUCUUUCCUGCCUUGCGAUGUCCAGGAUUUGUCUGCAGUUGUCCGUCUUCUACAUUAAUUGGGCAAUUGUCUCCUUGAUUGAAGUCCCUCUACUUGUUGAGAGCUUUUUAAUUUUCAUGUUUGUAAAUGAAUUGGGACUUUGGUUUGCCUCAUGGCUCGGCGUUUUCUACUGCGCCAAGAUUGCCCCCAUAGCUCACCCACUCUUCCUCUGGUUGAAGAUGAGGAUAUCGAAGUUGGUGCCCUGGCUGAUCCUCGGGUCCCUGCUAUACACAUCCGUCCCUUUUGUUUUCUACAGCAAACGUACAUGGCUUCUCUCCCAACAAGUCCUGUUGGGCUUUUUCUCCCCGAAUGCAACAACUCAAAUCAAAGAAACGUCUGCUAUACAGGUUGCCUUUCUUAUGAGGUUAUUUUUGCCGUUACUUAUCUUCCUCGCUUCAGCCCUGCUCUUGAUAUUUUCCCUGGGGAGACACACGUGGCAGAUGAGAAACACAGCGAUGGGCACCAGCGUCCCUAGCACAGGCGUCCACGUGAGAUCGCUUCUGUCCGUUCUGUCCUUCCUGGUCCUCUGUGUCUCCCACUACAUGACAGCUGCUUUGCUCUCUUCUCAGAUUUUUAAACUCAGGAGCCUCAUGUUUCUGUUCUGCAUCUGGGUGUUUGGGUCCUAUCCCUCUGGACACUCUACGAUCUUAAUUUUAGGAAAUCCUAAACUGAAACAAACUGCAAAGAAGCUCGUCCUCCACGGAAAGUGCUGCCAGUGA